AUGUCGAGCCAGAGCCAGAGCCAGGCGUCCACGACGCCACUAACAGCGGCCAUGGCACUUAUCAUGGAAACGCCGGCGUCUGUGCGCGAGGAAAUGUGGCACCAACAGCUGUCCUUCUACGUCACCCUCGCCUUCUAUGUGCCGGCCCUGUUCGACUUUUGCAACACGUUACCGCGGGAAAUUUCAGAGAUCUACAUUCCGGAGAUGUGGAUCGCAGUAAAGAAGAGGAAACUGCCCUCUGUGGCCAUUGUCGGCCUUGUCGUCACGCGUCUCAUCACUGUUCCCACCAUCGUCAGUACCCUUGCUUAUCAGACACAGCCAUCGAGCUGCCAGGCCAGCCUGCGCAUGGCUCUCGUCGGUGUCGGCAUUGCCUCGAGCUGUUGCGAGGCGAUAUUCAUCGCUCGGACACUGGCGAUCCAGAACAAGAGCAAGAUCCUGCGAAUCCUGCUCUGGUUAAAUUGGCUUGGCAUUACAGUCUCGUACUUUGCUUCAAACGCAUCCAUCACCGUGGACCAGUUGCCUGCUCCACCCGCAAACAACCCGUACCUGGGUACCUGCCAUCACCUCGCACACAUCUCGCGCUGGAUCCCCCUGCCAUCGCUCUGGAUGGCCGCGCUCGACCUGUUCGUCUUCUGUAUAACAGUCUACCACGGCAUCACCCUGCAUCUCUAUCACCUGGACCCUUCGAGAGUGUCGAGGAUCACCAAGUUGCUCUACCGAGAUGCUGGAAUUUUUUUUAUCUUCUCGUUUCUCGCUCACAUUGUCGAGGCAGUUUGGCUGAUCACCCAUGCGGACGACACCGCAUACAUGGGCCUUAUAUACCCUCUCCACGCAUUUGCUCCCCUCGUCCUCGGCCCGCGCGUCGUCGUAAACUUGCGACUCCUAGUUGUGCGCAUCGAAGGCCGGGACAGCGAAAAAUACGAGCUUCCUGUUCGUGGACGGAGCUUCUCCAAUGCAUCCACGAUUGUCGCAGAACUUGAACCGGCGAGUCAAGCGCCUGGCGCACCCAUUCUCCCGCUCAAUUACAGAGCCCAUGACACGCAACAGCAACAGCAGCAGCAGCAUCGUAAGGCAAGCUCACAAUAUCCACCGAGCUCAUCGCAAGCGGGCCGCUCUGCAGCAGGCUCGCGCUCGUCAAAGUCGCCACGCCCACGCCGGCCGGCCAGUACAAUGAGCAGGACCAGCACCAUUGACUCAUGCCUAUCGCAAGAUGACAAUGAUGCGAUGGAAGAGCUCUCUGGAGCCGACGCAACUGUCUCUCCGCUUCUGUCAUCUCAGUCCCCUUCGCCUUCCCCUCGUUCAAACACUCCUUCUGCUUCAUCAACGGCGGCGCCACAGAAUACAAGACGCACCGCAGUCAAGAACGCACCGCACAUCCCACCAACCCUUACGCCACCAUCUACGCUAUUGCCGGUCGAGAGCGGCGAUCAGAGCCACGAUGCGUCAACCUUGUCGGUCCGCUCGCACGCUUCGAAGCGAUCGCGUCCGUCAGAUACUGGAUCGUACGAUGCAGCCGAUCAGGAGCACAGAGGAAGCCAGGACCAGGGCGCCGAGACCGAAAGCACAUUCCAACCUCUUGUCCCUCCUCCCCCCCAAUGGACCAUAUCCUCAUCGCAUUACUUUACACCACCCCCUCAGUGGACCGUGUCGCACGACGUCUAG